AUGCAGACCACAAGGACUGGCAAUAUGGGUUUGGCUGGCGCAGCGCCCACAUACACCUGGGGGGAUAACCAAGCCAGCGAAGACGAAGAGGACGAAGCCGACGCAGCAGCAGCAGCAGCAGAACCAGCAGCAGCAGCAGCAGAACCAGCAGCAGCAGCAGCAGAACCAGCAGCAGCAGCAGCAGCAGCAGCAGCAGUGAAGGGUUUGCAGCUGGAGCUGCCAGUGUCUGUACACCUGAAAGAAGCCUACGGAAAGUCUCUUCUUCCUUUUACAAAUUUUGUUUCGAACUUUAAAGCAACUUUGGACCACAUUUUCAUUUCCGAAGACUUGCAGGCGGUGGGGACUUUGCCGGGGGUUUGCGUCGAGCCUGUGGAAACCCUCGGGGGUUUACUGAGUCGCUAUUAUCCUUCAGACCAUUUGUCUAUUGCUGCUGACUUGAUUCAGCUCUAA